GUUCUUACUGUAAAAAGAAAUUUACCCAGAAACAUCGUAUGAUAGAUCAUUCACGGACUCAUACUGGAGAGAAACCUUUUGAAUGUUCUUACUGCACAAAGAAAUUUACCAAGAAAGAAAAUAUGAUAAUUCAUUCGCGGACUCAUACUGGAGAGAAACCUUUUGAAUGCUCCUACUGUAAAAAGAAAUUUACCCAGAAACAUCAUAUGAUAGAUCAUUCACGGACUCAUACUGGAGAGAAACCUUUUGAAUGUUCUUACUGCAAAAAGAAAUUUUCCCGGAAGCAACAAAUGAUAAUUCAUUUACAGACUCAUACUGGAGAGAAACCUUUUGAAUGCUGUUACUGCAAAGAGAAAUUAGCUUCAAAUAGAUGUUUAACACUUCACAUAAGAAGUCACACUGGAUUGAGGCCUUUUGAAUGCUCUUACUGCAAAAAGAAUUUUACCCGGAAACUAGACAUGAUAAUUCAUUCACGGAUUCAUACUGGAGAGAAACCUUUUGAAUGCUCUUAUUGCAAAAAGAAAUUUACCCAGAAACCAAAUAUGAUAAUUCAUUUAAAGACUCAUGCUGGAGAGAAGCCUUUUGAAUGUUCUUUAUGCAAAAAGAAAUUUACCCGAAAAGAAAAUUUGAUAAAUCAUUCACGGACUCAUGCUGGAGARAARCCUUUUGAAUGUUCUAACUGCAAAAAGAAAUUUACAAGUAAGAAUGCCUUAACAUAUCACUUGAAUAAAAACUUAUGCUGGAGAGAAGCCCUUUGAAUGCUCUUACAUGUAUGUACUGUGAAAAAAAAUUUCAUGUAAAGAAUAUUUGAAWUUUUUUGUACAAAAUCCCACUGGGGAAAAGUCAUUUGAAGUAUWGUUAAAAGCACGAGAGAGAGUGUUUUAUCAGGUAUAAAGCCUAAUAAAUC